AUGACAAUACCGGUGUUUGGGGUUCUAUUUGCAUUCAAGAUCAUCGAAAGACACAUCCAGCGGACACUCGGCUCGAGGAACGUCGCGUAUUUACGGUCCAAACUCACACUCACUUGUUUCUGUUUUUAUUUUAUUUUAUUUUCUUUCACCUUCACACCAAACGAUACUCCACCUGAGAUCUCGGGUUACCGAGAUGGAUCCAAAACAUCUGAUACGACAGCUACAUCACUAGAACAGCUCUUCAGCACGCAUCGCUUGCAAUCCGCCUGCGUUAUUUUACUUGAACCAACUCUCUCCCUAAUUCUCCUAUGUCUCCAACGAAUACUUCACGGACCCCCAAUACGCUUGGACACCUCGUCGAGUUACUUCUAUGAUACCUCAUCCGCAAGCAUUUUCUUUUCCAAAACGUUUCUUUUUGACCUACCGUCUUUUAAUCCGCCGCCCCGUUUUCGUGUAUAA